CCUGUUUUGUUCAUCUUGCUGUUGACAGUUGAUUUGCUUUUCCCCAGCUUGAAUGAGAUAUCACAAUUCUGCACAAGCGACAGCUUCAUGUGAUUUAAUAUAUCCUCUAGCAUCCAUCCCUACCAUCCUCAAAUGUCUAUCUCAUCUAUCACUCAUAACAAAACAGUAUUGUCGCCCUAUUCCACUGACUUUACAUUGGUUGAAAGGAAAGAGCGUAAUAAGGCGGCUUCUGCAAGAUAUCGUGUGAAAAAAAAUGCACAAUACCAUGAAAUGAAGCACACAAUACAAGAGAUUACGACAAGAAAUAAGAUAUUGGAGACACAAAUAAAGGAAUUGAAAGAAGAGAACAAGAGACUAAGGUCAGCAACAGAUAAACUAAGGAGUCAGUUGAUAGCCAAUAAACUGUUAAAUAAAUGGAUAAAGAGUCAUCACAAUGAUGGAUUUAUGAUGGAUAUGGGCUCAUUUCAAGACGAUGAUUUAAACUGUUGUUUAUUAAAAUAAAGCCAUUUAUCCAUGUUGCCAUUCAUUAUUGUUGCUUCCUACAAAUGCAAACUUGUCCAGCAUAUUAAUCUCGUCUUGGGUCAAGCGGAAUCCUAAGGCAGUGAAGUUUUGUUCUACAUGAUCAGCUGUUCUGGCUCCUCCGAUAGGAAUUGUGCCCUUG